ACGAGUCAGGAUCGCAUAACGGACCCGGACAUAUAUUACUGUUCAACUUUACUGAAAUAACUUCUCUCGUGCGUUUUAAUGGCUUGUACGUAGUUAAAAAUUGAAGGCAAGUCACUGGGACAAUGAAACGCGAGCGGGUUGUGCUGGAUGUGUGUGCGUUGUCAUUCUUGACGACAUGCUUUAUUGACUCUCUUGUGCAGCGCAAACAGUAAUAUGUAGUUGUCAGUGUAUGAACUGAACUAACAUUCCUUUGAUACGUGGCUUGUAUCAGUCUUUUCAUUUCGUCGUGGAUGUAUGUAUCAUCGACAGCGACCUGGUGGGUUAUGUCGCGCUGUAUUCCAUGACUGUGAAGGUAUCGAUCUCAACCUAGCUGGCUCAAAGGCGGGCCUCGUUGUGUGCAGUCACAAAAUCAGGCAUAAUACUCUGUCAGGAUGAAUGCGUCUCAGAGGGAGGAAGAAGACUGGAUCUACCUCAACCAUUGUAUAGAAGAUCGAGAUGUGGGAGCUGUCAAACAGUGGUUCGAGCCUGGUAACCAUCGAGACAGGACGAAACUUCAGUUGUUUACAAAUGUGCGCAACCCUGUUUCUCUUGCUGCUGUGGGUGGGGACGAAGAAAUAUUUGAUCUUCUUGUGAGCGAAGGAUUCGACCCACAUACCCCUGAUUUGUUGGACGGGGUCUGGCAGAGAAAACCCAUCCACCUUGCUGUAUCGUCCGGUCACGGUAACCUGGCAAUGAAGCUUUUGACAGACUAUGGAGUUAAUGUUGAGACUCGAGAUGAAACGGGCCGCACUCCAUUACACUGGGCGGCGAUAACGGGACAAGUGGAUUUGACGAGGAAGCUACUGGGCCUCGGGGCGUGUGUGAACGCUGCUGAAGGCGACAGCUCAACACCUCUGCAUUACGCAGCCGAAGCAGGUAACGGAGGGGUCUGUAAAAUACUCAUGUCUAACAACGCGGAUGUCAAUCUCAAGGACAAUAAGGGGUUAUCUCCCUUGCAUUAUGCAGUGCGUUCCCAACCCGCCUCAGCCCACGUUCCGUCCAGUGCGGUUGCGAACCACGAAAGUUUGUGCUGAGGUAUUUCAACGGGACACCAAGGCAUUAUUCCAUUAAAUGUGUAUAUACCACUUGAUGCCAUUUUUAACAAACUCAAUCAUGUCAUUUAGUAACAUUCAUUUAAACGCCACACUUUUACUGGUGCUACUAAGAAAGUGUAAUCCCAAAUAUAACAUAUGUUGCAUUUUACUGGUGUUUCUAUAUCAAUGUUUGUACAAAUCUCUUAUAUCGAUUUCUAAUAUAACCAUCAUGAUCAAUAAUCAUUUUUACAUCAAUCCAGAAUAACGUGACAAGUCACAUUUUGUACGUUAUACCAAAAUAAAUAUUACAAUGGGU